ACAUCGGUACUGUUCACAUUUCCUCAGUAGAAAAUCAAAAGGGCACUCAUUUGAAGUUUCGUCUCGUCGGAGGUUUAUCUUGAUCGCAGUGUGACCACGUUUCUAUUGUGAGUUUAAAGAAAAUAUUGUGUAUAUUAUUCUGGCGUUUAUAUUACAAAAAGUACAAGAAACGAGCUGAGCAGAAACACAAGAUAUAGAAAGAGUAUUUACAAACUAAAGCACUAGUUUUCCUUAAGUUCAAUACACUAGAGCACAGGUCGUACGUUUUCGUCUUUUUUCCAUUGAGGGAGCUUUGAGUCUGCAAAUUUUUCGAUUCUUAGCACUAUACAGAAAUAGAAGAAUAUGGUUAAGGAAACUGGUUAUUAUGACCUCUUGGGUGUAAAACCCGACGCCAGUGCUGAUGAGCUGAAAAAAGCCUACAGAAAGUUAGCGUUAAAAUACCAUCCGGACAAAAACCCAAAUGAGGGUGAACGUUUCAAGGCAAUUUCACAGGCGUAUGAGGUGCUGUCAGAUCGUGAGAAGCGACAGGUUUACGAUGAAGGCGGCGAAGCGGCGAUCAAGAAAGGCGGUGCUGACACAGGUGACUUCCGUAGUCCAAUGGAUUUCUUUGAGAAAUUCUUUGGGGCUGGUUUCGGCGGCGGUGGCCGACGUCGUGAACGUCGUGGCAAGGAUGUUGUACAUCAAAUGGCUGUACAGCUGGAAGAAUUGUACAAUGGUGCUACACGUAAAUUGGCUCUACAGAAGAAUGUGAUUUGCGACAAGUGUGAAGGUCGUGGUGGUAAAAAGGGAGCCAUUGAGAAAUGUAUGCAGUGCCGUGGUAGUGGUGUAGAAACCCGUGUACAACAAAUUGGACCUGGUUUAGUGCAGCACACCGAACAAGUUUGUCGUAAAUGUAUGGGAACUGGUGAGAUGAUCUCUGAGAAAGAUCGUUGCAAACAAUGUAAUGGCCGCAAAACAGUAAGGGAACGUAAAGUAUUGGAAGUGCAUAUAGAGAAAGGCAUGCGAGAUGGUCAGAAGAUUGUAUUCAACGGCGAAGGUGAUCACGAACCUGAUUCACAACCUGGUGAUAUUAUAAUUUUGUUAGAUGAGAAAGAGCAUUCAACAUUUGUUCAUGCUGGCACUGAUUUAAUGAUGAAAAUGCCAAUUCAAUUGGUAGAAGCCCUCUGUGGCUUCGAGCGAGUUAUUAAGACACUCGAUGAUCGUGAUCUUGUCAUUCGUUCUAAACCUGGUGAGGUUGUCAAACAUGAGAUGACAAAGUGCGUCUUGGAAGAAGGCAUGCCACUUUACAAAAACCCACUAGAGAAAGGUCGUUUGAUCAUACAGUUCGAAGUUAUCUUCCCCUCCGCAAUUCCGUUGGCAGUGAUUCCCACACUUGAGCAAUGCUUGCCACCAAGGCCCGAAGUAGCUAUACCACUUGAUGCUGAGACAGUCGAAUUGGAGGAAUUUGAUCCUAAGCAGCGUCGUCAACAACAACAUCAACGCAUGGCUUAUGAGGAGGAUGAACGUGGCUAUGAGCAAGGACCUAGAAUAGAACAAUGCUCGUCGAGUUAAGCGCAUACCAUCAACAUCUUCAGCUAACAAAUUAUGUUUAAUCGUUUAAAUAAUCCUAAAAAUAAGCCGUGAACACACAAGCACUAGAUAAAUUUUAACAAGCUAAACAACCAUGUCAUCACCUAAGAAACAACAACAAAUAUAACAGCUAAAUACAAAAUUAAUUUACGAGAGCGUUUAGCGUAGAAUAUCAUUCAAGUUUCCUCGAUUAUGUCGCUAUGCGUAAUGAACGAUGUUUCGUUUUGGACAGCAACAUUCGCCUAGCAUCAAAUUCAUAGAACGAGAAUAUCGCAAAUAUGAAACAUUUUGGAAUUUCCCUAUUCGGAAAUAUCUCGACGCAGUGUCUCUUAAAACGAAGCGCAUACUACUAAGAGCUAUACAAUCUCACUUUUUAGAAUACUAUAUAGAAAUUCAAAAGGAACUAAUUUAAAUGGUUACAUUAACGGCAAAUAUACUAUAAUAAAAAAAUAAAUA